GGCGUUCGCGUUCCUCCUAAUCCCACCCGAAUUCUUGACGAGUGGGGCUUAGGGGAGGAACUCUCUCGAUAUGGCUCAACAACUACGAGCAGCGAGUGUUUUUCUAUGGACACUGGAGAUCUCCUUGGUCAUAUCACGUGGCAGGAAGCGGUAAUGGACGAGAUUGGUGCCCGCUUCUAUUUGAUGCAUUACCAAGAUCUACAUAAUAUAUUUUACAGAGCGGCGACCUCCGCAGGGAUUCAUAUAUCAUUUAGCACGCCUGUGAUCCAAGUGGAAGUGCACCCUCCCGGAGUUCGCCUUGCCGCUGGCGAGGUGAUCCGCGCUGAUUUGAUUGUAGGAGCGGAUGGCGCAGACGGUAUCACCCGUGAGGUUGUCGAAAGGUGCAGAGUCGAAGACACCAUUGGCGAAAUGAGUUUCGGUAUGCAUGUAAAUCACCACUUCUCAGACUGUGUGCAGCCCUUAUUCAUCACCGCUAGUGCAACGAUUUCGAGAGAGCAGCUCAAAAAGGAUCCCGAACUUGACGCUUUUACGCGCGCAGAGUGCGGGGGACCACAGGUAAGGCGUGCCCCAUAG